UAGAAAAUGUUCCCACCCAGCGAGAGGCAUCAGGGGCAGAAAGAGGCGCGCACCCAGCGAGAGGCAUCUCUGUAUAGGAAGGCUCAGAAAGAGGCGCGCACCUAGCGAGAGGCAACUCUGUUUAGGAAGGGGCGGGCUGUUACACUCUAGUCACCUCCCCAGGGCAGAGUGUGUUUGUACUGACCUGGGAUUGUGUCUUGUGGUGUUGCACUGUCACAUGAAUUGCCUGUCAGGGGACUGGGACAGAUAGUGAAGGGCAUGGCGGCCAAACGCUUCGUGCUUUUUGACUUGGGAGGGGUGUUGUUAUCGCCUGGGCCACAAGUCGCCUUCCAGCGCCUGGAGGAGUCCUUGCACCUCCCUAGGGGAUUUAUACAGAAUUUAUUCAUUAAAAGUGGAUCUAAUGGACCCUUUGCUCAAGCUGAGAGAGGACAAAUAACUUUCUCAAAGUUUAUUGCAGAAAUGAACAAGGAAUGUAAGAGCUAUGCAGAGGAAUCUGGCGUGGUCCUCCCUGACUCAUUCUCUCUAGAGGAUGCCUUUCAUGGCUUGUAUAAGAAUGGACAGAUCAAUAAGCCGCUCUUGAAUGCUGCUGUUGCACUUCGGAACCAUGGUUUUAAAACAUGCGUGUUAACAAAUAACUGGGUGGAUGACAGCCCGCAGAGAACUCACACAGCGGAGAUGAUUUCUUUGCUAAGCAGACACUUUGACUUCAUAAUUGAGUCCUGCCGAAUUGGAAUGAGGAAACCUGAAAUCCAAAUUUAUGAAUACGCCUUAAAACUCAUGCAAGCAAAUCCAAACGAGACAAUCUUCCUUGAUGACAUUGGUGCUAAUCUAAAGCCAGCUCGCGAGAUGGGAAUUUCUACCAUUCUUGUCAAAGACACAGAUGCAACUCUGAAAGAGUUGGAGAAUCUGGCUGGCAUCCAGCUUACUGAAAAUGAAGAAACGUUGCCAACUCCUGUCAACCCUGAAAAUGUAACUCAUGGAUUCGUAACAGUUAAGCCUGGUGUGAAGUUACACUUUGUGGAAAUGGGCAAUGGACCUGCCGUGUGCCUGUGUCAUGGCUUUCCAGAGAGCUGGUACUCUUGGAGAUAUCAGAUACCUGACCUGGCUGAUGCUGGAUUUAGAGUCAUUGCACUGGAUAUGAAAGGAUAUGGCGAUUCCUCUGCUCCAGCGGAAAUAGAAGAGUAUUCCCAGCAAGAACUGUGCAAGGACUUGGUGGUUUUUCUUGAUAAGCUGGGUGUACCACAUGCUACGUUUAUUGGUCAUGACUGGGGUGGUGCUCUUGUAUGGAACAUGGCUCUUUUUUACCCAGAAAGAGUGAGUGCUGUGGCUUCGCUGAAUACUCCAUUCUUUGUAGCUGAUCCUGACAACAAUGCACUGGAGAGAAUAAAAUCCAACCCCAUCUUUGACUAUCAACUAUAUUUUCAAGAGCCAGGCGUUGCAGAGGCAGAACUGGAGACAAGUUUGGAAAGGACAUUUAAAGUGUUUUUUCAAGGCUUCAGUGAAACGGGUAAACUUUCAGCCUCCCUGAAAACAUCAUCAGUUCGAGAAAGAGGAGGAAUAUUGAUUGGCACACCUGAAGAUCCUCCUCUAAGCAAAAUUAUAGGAAAGAAAGAUCUGGAGUUCUAUGUUACACAGUAUAAGAAAAAUGGAUUCAGAGGUCCAUUAAAUUGGUACCGUAACAUAGAACAGAACUGGCAGUGGGGCUGUUCUGCGCACAAGAGAAAGAUUUUGGUACCAUCCCUUAUGGUAACUGCUGGGAAAGAUCCAGUUCUGCUUCCAGUUAUGAGUCACGGUAUGGAAAAACUGAUUCCUAAUUUGACACGAGGACAUAUAGAGGAAUGUGGGCACUGGACUCAGAUGGAGAGGCCGGCUGCACUUAACAAAAUCCUGAUCAAAUGGCUGGAAGACGUUCACUCUGCAUCUGUAGCCUCAAAACUAUAAGGAUUUUCUGCUUCCGGGGUCUGGUACUUGUUGCCGUACAUGCUGUGUGUGAGAUACACAUAAUCAAUUUAAAUUAGCAGUUAGUCAUUCCUGAUUAUGUCAUUUAAUACAAAUUUUAUAAUGUAACUAAUUAGUUAUAUUAACUGAAUGACUUAUAGUUUUAUAAUCAAAUAUUCUAUAUUAGUUCAUAUCUAAAUUAAUAAAUAAAUUAUUUGCUUGCGAA